AUGGGUGGCGAGCGCGGCACACAGCCUAAGGGCGCUUCUGCUGCGGUCGCGACGUCCAACUAUCCCGCCCAGGCUACCGGCCCCGUCGGCAAGCGGAUAAGCAAGAUCUACAAGGAGCGAAUCACCCAGUUCUACUCCACCGGACAAUGGGAGAAGCAGAACCUCCUGGCCAUGAUGUACGAGGGCAAGGCCUCGGGCGAUCCUCACGUCCGCCUGUGGACCUGGAAAGCCCCUGGCUUGACUCGCCCGACCUUUAAGGAAGCCAUGCAGGGCGAGUACGAGCCAACACAGGUUGGCGCGCCGUUCGGGCCCUCGUGGACAACCCACUGGUUCAGGAUCAAGAUCACGGUGCCCAAAGACCUGCUCGACAAGGAGCAUCUGGAGUUCCAGUGGGACGCCAACAACGAGGGAAUGGUCUGGACCGAGGACGGCAAGCCGCUGCAAGGUCUCACCGGCGGUGGUGAGCGCACCGAGUGGAUCCUGCCCAAGGCAUUCCGCGAUGGCAAGGAGCACACAUUCUACAUCGAGAUGGCCUGCAAUGGCAUGUUCGGCAACGCUAACGGCGACUCGAUCCAGCCUCCCGACCCGAACAAGCAGUUCGUCUUGACCAAGGCUGAGAUCUGCGCUGUCAACAUGGACGCCCGCCAGCUCUGGAUCGACACGUGGAUCAUCGGCGACGCCGCAAGGGAGUUCCCCGAGGACUCCUGGGAGCAGCACAAGGCCCUCAACGUCGCUACAAAGAUCAUUGACAACUACAGACUCGGCGACAAGGAGUCCAUCAAGGAGUGCCGCAAGAUUGCCGAAGAGUACAUUGGCGCCAACGUCAAUUCCUCCAAGGUUUACGACAGCGACACGGUGCCCCAGGUAUUUGGCAUUGGCCAUUGCCAUAUCGACACCUGCUGGCUAUGGCCGUGGGCAGAGACCAAGCGCAAGGUGGCGCGAUCCUGGUCCAACCAGUGUGAUCUGAUGGAGCGCUACCCCGAGCUGAACUUUGCUUGCUCGCAGGCCCAGCAAUACAAGUGGCUCAAGAAGUACUACCCUUACGUGUUCGACCGUGUCAAGACGAAAGUCAAGGAGGGCAAGUUCCACCCUAUUGGCGGUAGCUGGGUUGAGCACGACACCAACAUGCCGAGCGGUGAAUCGCUUGUUCGUCAGUUCCUGUACGGACAACGGUUCUUCCAGAGUCAUUUUGGAGAGCGAUGCAGAACGUUUUGGCUUCCCGACACUUUUGGAUAUUCGAGCCAACUUCCGCAACUCUGCCGCUUGGCUGGCAUGGAUCGCUUCCUCACUCAGAAGCUCAGCUGGAACAACAUCAACAACUUUCCCCAUACCACAUUCAACUGGGUCUCACUGGACGGCAGCCAGGUCAUCUGCCACAUGCCCCCGUCCGAGACGUAUACUGCCGAAGCCCACUUUGGUGAUGUGAACCGCAGUAUAUCUCAGCACAAGUCCAUGGACCAGGACCACACUUCCUUGCUCGUCUUUGGCAAGGGUGAUGGCGGCGGCGGUCCUACUUGGCAACACAUUGAGAAGCUCCGCCGGUGCCGUGGUAUCAGCGAUGAGGUUGGUCGUCUGCCUCGUGUCCACAUGGGCAGCACCGUCGACAAAUUCUUCGAUAAGCUCCAGGAAAAGGGCACGUCGCUGGUCACCUGGUAUGGCGAGCUGUAUUUUGAGCUUCACCGUGGCACCUACACCACACAGGCCAACAACAAGCUGAACAACCGGAAGAUGGAGAUCUUCAUGAGAGACCUCGAGCUGCUUGCUACCAUUGCAUCGAUAGAGCACAAGGAUUACAAGUAUCCUAAGGCAGAGUUUGAUGAGAUCUGGGAGGGCAUCCUGCUAUGUCAGUUCCACGACUGUCUCCCCGGCAGUUCGAUUGAGAUGUGCUACGAUGAUUCGGAUGAGCUGUACGCCGAUAUUGCCGCCAUCGGCCAACGUAUUCUCAAGGACAUCUACAAGCGCUACGGAAUUUCCGAGGUGCAGCCGUCCUCAGUCACCGAUGCGGCGGCUGUCAACACCAUGCCUUGGCACCGUAAGGAAGUCGUCGACAUCUCCGAUACGCAGAGUGGCGUUGCCUGCGGCUCCGGUAACUUGCUGAGUGUCAAGCCCUUCAAGACUGGUGAGAAAAAGGCCGUCACGGUCAAGGAAGUUGGCAAGGGUGUUUUCGUCAUGGAGAACGAUCAGCUCACCGUCAAGGUUGAGGCGGGCUGCGUCACAUCUCUCAUCGACCGCAAGAGUGGACGUGAGGUCAUUUCCAAGGGCGGAAAGGCUAACCAGUUUGUCUUGUUCGACGACAAGCCCCUGUACUGGCAAGCCUGGGAUGUCGAGGUCUACCACCUUGACACUCGAAAGGAGCUUCCCUCGGGCGAGACCAAGAUCUACGAGGACAAGGAGCACCGUGUCAGCGUCGUCACCGAGACCAAGAUCAGCGAGGAGAGUUCGCUCAGGUCCAUCCUGACCCUGCAUGCUGCUUUUGACGGCCAGCAAUCGUACGUCGAGUGCACUACAACUGUGGAUUGGCACGAGACGAUGAAGUUCCUCAAGGUUGAGUUCCCCGUCGACGUCAUCAACAACGAGGCGAGCUACGAGACACAGUACGGCAUAGUCAAGCGCCCAACGCACUACAACACGACCUGGGACAUGGCCAAGUUCGAGGUCUGCUGUCACAAGUUUGCCGACCUCUCGGAGCAUGGAUUUGGAGUGUCCAUCCUCAACGACAGCAAGUACGGAUUCGCCACUUGCGGUAGCCUGAUGCGACUGUCCCUUCUGCGUGCGCCCAAGGCCCCUGACGCCCAUGCCGACAUGGGAACGCACAAGAUCCGAUGGGCUAUCCUGCCGCACGAGGGCGCUCUGGGUGCCACGACGGUGCGCACGGCAUACAACUUCAACAACCCCAUGAAGAUCGCCACGGCAGGUGCUGACGUCCGCGCCGCCCUGGCCUCGCAGCCGGUGAAGCUGAGCGGUGACUCAUCCCUCAUCCUGGACUGCGUCAAGCGUGGCGAGGACGACGAGGACGUGUCGCAGGACGACAACAUCCCCAAGCGCAAGGGCAAGAACGUGAUCCUCCGCAUCUACGACAGUCUGGGUGGUCACAGCCGCGGCACCGUCUCGACCAUCUGGGACGUGAAGAAGGUGCACAAGACCAACGUGCUCGAGGACGAUCUCGAGGAGGUGGAGGUCGCCAAGGACGGCAGCUUCCAGGUCAAGCUCCGGCCCUUCGAGGUUGCUACCUAUAGACUGGAGCUGUGA